AUGUUGAUAUCGUAUUUCCUUGGCUUCUUCGGAGCUGCUCUGGCAGGAGGUGGCAGCACGAGUUAUAAGGGUUACUGGGAGUUUUCCGACUCCUCCCCUCAAUAUCCAUGCAUAGUGCUGGCAGCACAGAUUGACCUCUACCUCACUUACACCGACAGCACCGGGAAAGAGGUGGACACAGUCGUACAUGUACUGCCUAGCUCAACAGUAGAUCGAGAACACAGCUCAUGUGCCACCGUAUUAGCUGUACAAGAUCAAAGUAUUCCAAGUCAAGUGCUCCAAAUCAAUCUUGACCAUUAUCCUGGAUGGAAUAUUCGAUUUGCCUUUUCCAAGGAUGCACGUCUGAAAGCUGUCGAUCAGUUUAUACUGUAUCAAGUGAACGUUACCGCUGAUUACCCUGCCACCAAUACCCUUUUCACGAACGCUCCUGAUACAGUCUACGAUUACGUACAAGAAGUUGAUCUGAUGAACCCUUCCGAUGUUGCGGAUGCAGUCUUUGCCCAUUUGGGUCAUUCGCUCAGCUGCACUUCGGAGCAGAAAUUUUGGAUCAACAAAGAUCCAAAGCAGGGUCCUUUGGCAUCAUUCAAACUUUCGUAUCUGCAAGUGGAAGCAUACAAAGUUACGUCACAAGCAAAUGGCAAAUUUGAUCCAAACGAAACAUGUCCCCGUGAUCAACAUGCCACAGAUAUAGUGCCAGUAAUAGUUGGGAGCUGCUUGGCAGGACUUAUUGUUAUCACUCUUAUCACAUAUUUGAUCUAUCGAUGCCAACUACCUCGUGAAGUACUGGAGCUGACCAAUGGUCGUUCGUGGUCCAUGUCCGAAGCAAGUGUUGGUGAUCAUGACGUUGCUGUAAUUAGCACACGAUCAAUUGGGAUGAAUAAUGAUUGA